GGAGCUAUGGGGAGAUUUUUCCCAGACCUUCGUCCAAGGCACCUCUUGCUCCCGGUCGCCCCACGAGGGCAGAGGGGGCCCAGCAGCCCAGCCAAGGCUCGGGUGUUGCCCUCAGAAGAGGUCCAGCUGGGUGGAUGGGAUGGUACCCUUUUUUCUCUACCACCCAGACCAGCUCUCCACCUGUGCCCCUGGCUGCCCAUAGUUUGGCACUGGUGCCCCCUUGGGCAUGAGUAUUCUGUGAUUUCUACCGCUGAGCCCACCCCAGGUGGGAUUUGGGAGGAGGGUGGGGACCUCCCGGUGUGCCUGUGGCUCAGCUCGCCCUUUCCCCGGGCCCUGGGCCAGUUGUCCUCCUGGCUGCAGGCCUGGCAUCAGCCCUGCUCCUGGCUGCAGGACUGUGUCCAUGCCAGGAAAGGGCGUCUGAGCCCAGGGCUGGGGCAGAGAGGGGAUGCUGGGAACCCAGCGUCUCCUGCCCUGUCUCCUGCCAGUCCCUGACCCAGUCUCCCCAAAUAUCGGGGGUGCACAGCCACUCCUGAAAAGCAUCUCCUUGCCUGCACAUAGCUGGGCGUAGGCCAGGUGAGGGGUGGAUAGAACACCUGGAAAAUGACAAGAGGUCCAGAGGCCAAGCCCUGAUGAGCCUGAGGCCUCUUGUAGACAGCAGAAGAAGGCUUGCUGAGGGGCAGGGGCCCUGGCCCAGAACUCUUCUUUACUUGGGGGUCUUUGGUAAUGGUAUAUUUUUCAUUGGAAUCUGUUAGGGAAAUGCCCUAGCGAAACCCUUGGGAGUUUCUCUAGGCCUUGGGGCAGAUGAAAGACCUGACCCCUCCCGUCUGGGCUGUAGCCUCUCUAAGGAACCCUCCCUUUCAGCCCAUCCACUCUGCGUGCUGGAGCUGGCUAGCUCAACGCCAGACCCAGCCUAUCUUUUCCUGCCAGCACUGGGGGUGCCCGCACUUUGCUCGGCCUGGGUGGGAGGGCUCCACAGUGAGGGGCAUUUGCCUCUGGGUGUAUCUGUCCAAUGGGGCAGUUCUCCUCUGUCCUAUAGGGCUGCUCUGAGUCAGAAGUGACUCGAUGGCAAUGCGUGAUAUCUGUCCAAGGCUGUGAUUUCAGGCAGGUGGAGCCCGUCAGGGCCCCUGGGCUCUGGUGCUGCACCCUGACACACCCAUGUAGCCCUGUUCUCCCCAGAUCCUGGGGUUCGCUGUGACCAGGGCUCGCCCUGGUGCUGGUAGUUACCUCACCUUGGCUGGGGCCCCAGUGUCUGGGUCCUAACUGUAAGGUCUUUUUCCUCCCUUCACCACCCCAGGCAGCGUCUGUCGGCUGCUCCAGUUCAGCUCAGCAGACGUUUCUGGGUGCCUGCCGUGUCCGCACAUGCUGCACUCAGCCGCUGACUUGCGGUCCAGGCCAUGCGGUGUCAGGCCACAGAGCCCGCCUCAGGUUCACCUGUGUUUACUCACCGUCUCCCCCAUCAAGAUUGGGAAGUUUGCAAGGGCAGGCCCUUGUCUGCUAUGAGACUUCCACCCCCAUGAGGGAACUUCUGUGUCCCUUGACAACACUGAGCCCUGAAGCAAUGAAUGUUUGGGGCCUUCUGCCGUGCGACUUCCUGAUCCUCCCUGGCUUCAUCGACUUCAUAGCCGACGAGGUGGACCUGACGUCGGCCCUGACUCGGAAGAUCACGCUGAAGACGCCACUCAUCUCCUCGCCCAUGGACACCGUUACGGAGGCUGACAUGGCCAUCGCGAUGGCCCUGAUGGGAGGUAUUGGUUUCAUCCAUCACAACUGCACCCCAGAGUUCCAGGCCAAUGAGGUGCGGAAGGUCAAGAAGUUUGAACAGGGCUUCAUCACAGACCCUGUGGUGCUGAGCCCCUCACACACCGUGGGUGACGUACUUGAGGCCAAGAUCCGGCAUGGCUUCUCUGGCAUCCCCAUCACGGAGACUGGCACCAUGGGCAGCAAGCUGGUGGGCAUCGUCACCUCCCGAGACAUCGACUUCCUUGCUGAGAAGGACCACACCACCCUCCUUAGUGAGGUGAUGACACUGCGGAACGAGCUGGUGGUGGCCCUGUCGGGUGUGACGUUGAAAGAGGCAAAUGAGAUUCUGCAGCGCAGUAAGAAAGGGAAACUGCCCAUUGUCAAUGACCGCGAUGAGCUAGUAGCCAUCAUUGCCCGCACUGACCUGAAAAAGAACCGGGACUACCCUCUGGCCUCCAAGGACUCCCACAAACAGCUGCUGUGCGGGGCAGCUGUGGGCACCCGAGAGGACGACAAGUACCGCCUGGACCUGCUCACCCAGGCCGGUGCCGAUGUCAUAGUGCUGGACUCGUCCCAAGGGAACUCGGUGUAUCAGAUUGCCAUGGUGCACUACGUCAAGCAGAAGUACCCCCACCUCCAGGUGAUUGGUGGGAAUGUGGUGACAGCAGCUCAGGCCAAGAACCUGAUUGACGCCGGUGUGGACGGGCUGCGUGUGGGCAUGGGCUGCGGCUCCAUCUGCAUCACCCAAGAAGUGAUGGCCUGUGGCCGGCCCCAGGGCACUGCCGUCUACAAGGUGGCUGAGUACGCCCGGCGCUUUGGUGUACCGGUCAUAGCCGAUGGUGGCAUCCAGACUGUGGGCCAUGUGGUCAAGGCCCUGGCCCUUGGAGCUUCCACAGUGAUGAUGGGCUCCCUGCUGGCUGCCACCACGGAGGCCCCCGGUGAGUACUUCUUCUCGGAUGGGGUGCGGCUCAAGAAGUACCGGGGCAUGGGCUCGCUAGACGCUAUGGAGAAGAGCAGCAGCAGCCAGAAGCGAUACUUCAGUGAGGGGGACAAGGUGAAGAUUGCGCAGGGUGUCUCUGGCUCCAUCCAGGACAAAGGCUCCAUCCAGAAGUUCGUGCCCUACCUCAUCGCAGGUAUCCAGCAUGGCUGCCAGGACAUCGGAGCCCGGAGCUUGUCUGUCCUGCGGUCCAUGAUGUACUCAGGAGAGCUCAAGUUUGAGAAGCGGACCAUGUCGGCCCAGAUUGAGGGUGGUGUUCACGGCCUACACUCUUAUGAGAAGCGGCUGUACUGAGGACGGCGGUGGAGGCCGAGGCAGCGGAGGGGGCAUACCCCCCGGUCCCCCUUCGGGCCCAACCUCCCUCCAUAACUGAGUGGCCCACAGAUUUGCACUACAGGUUCCCCAGCUCCUGUCCAGGGAGAGAGGAGGGGACAAGGGGUCCCGAGGGGCUGGUGGUGCUCCCGGGGCACCCCUGCAGUCAAGAUCGCUCCUAGGCCAGGCUGCCCUGGGAGCCCUUAGGGCCCCCGCUUCAGCACCCUAGGCCAGCUGCCAGGCUCUCAGGCCUUGUGCCUGCCUCAGGUCUUUCUCGCUGCAGCCUGCUCUGGCUGGCUCGCACCCCAGGCAGGUGGCCCCUCCUGGCUUCUCCUGUAGGGCACCCUCCCUUCCCAGGAAAUGGUGCUGUCCUGGCCCUGCCUCUGGCCCAUCCUGGGCUACCGCCCCCUCAGCCAGGUGGCACUUCUGGGCUCCUAGCCCAGGCCAGGGGGAGGUCUCUGCCCCCUUCCCCUGGCCCCCAGGCUAUCCUGGGCCCUGCUCCUCAGGCCACUCCCCCAUCCCUGGCCCUGGGGAGGAGGCCACCCUGACCAUGGCCGCCUGCCUGUCAUUCCUGCCCCCCACCAUCCGCAGGUAUACCAUUCCUGCCCUCUCCUCUCAGCUGCAGUCGAAGGCUUUAACUUUGCACACUUUGGGGUCACGUUGGCGUCAUUGUAUAUUAAAUAAUCUGAAUAAAUCAAGCAGGUCUCAAUGC